ACACGUGGUGUCGGUCUCUUUUUUUUAUUCAAGUGGUCGCCGAGGUCCGUUACGCGUACACGCGUGAAGCUCAUCAGCUACUUGUACAUACCGGAUUGAACCGUGGAGAUGUUUAAUCGGGUAACACCACGUUUGGGUGGAUUUUGUGUUUAACCGGUUGGCGUCGAGGAACUUGUCACUUUAUGAACGACAGGACCUGAGGUGUUUAUUUUUGGAGCACGCCGUCUUGAUAUUUAUUAGGAUAAUUAAGCUUAUUUUUCUCUGUUUUGUAAAUUGAAGAGACAUUUUUGACUCUUUUGGAAGGUGUUGAUGUGAUGGUGAAGUUGUUGCUUGAGAGGCAAUGCAACAGUACGCAACUUUUACCUCUCUAGUAUACUUUCUAAGUGUUAGUUAACACUUUAAACCACUUAAUGGCGGAAAAUGUUAUUUUAACGCACUCCUUUUACACAUGAGAUGUGUCUACUUGGUGACUUUUAAGUGGAUGUUCUUCUUUCUAAAUAUCAAUUUGGCGUGCGAAGCCUUUGUGGAGAAGAUGAACCUGCACUUUGUCAGCCUUUUUCUCCUCACUUUGGAUUUAGUCUCCGUCGCGCUCAGUUUGUCCACAUGCAGCGUAUUGGACACGGAGCAGUUCAAGAAGAGGCGCAUCGAGGCUAUCCGAGGGCAGAUCCUGAGCAAACUCAAGCUCAGUCAUCCCCCGGUGGACUUCCCCGAGCCCGAGGACGUUUCCCGGGACAUCGUAGCCAUUUACAACAGCACCAGGGACCUGCUGCAGGAGAAGGCCAACGAACGGGCGGCGACGUGCGAGCGACAGCGGAGUGAAGAGGAGUAUUACGCCAAAGAGGUGCACAAGGUCGAAAUGCAGCCCAUCUACCCAUCUGAGAACGUUAUCUCUCCCACUCUCUUCAACCCCUACUUCAGACGACUAAUGUUUGACGUGUCCUCCAUGGAGAAGAAUGCCUCCAACCUGGUGAAAGCCGAGUUGAGAAUCUUUCGACUUCAGAACCCUAGUGCCAGAGUAUCCGAGCAACGCAUCGAGCUAUACCAGAUUUUAACACACAAAGACCUGACAUCCCCAACGCAACGAUAUAUCGACAGCAGAGUAGUGCGAACACAAACGGAAGGCGAAUGGCUGACCUUUGAUGUGACGGAGGCGGUGAGUGAAUGGAUGAACCACAGAGACAGAAACAGCGGAUUCAAGCUCAGCCUACACUGUCCAUGUUGUACUUUUAUACCAUCAAAUAACUACAUUAUUCCCAACAAGAGUGAGGAACUGGAGGCACGGUUUGCAGGUAUUGAUGACAGCUUCAUUCAUGGUCGUGACCUAAAAGUAUUCAAGAGACGGCGUCACAGUGUCAGGGCUCCUCACCUCCUCAUCAUGCUGCUGCCCUCGUAUCGGUUGGAGUCUCCGUUUCACCAUAAAACCCAUCGAACAAAGCGAGCCUUGGAUGCAGCUUACUGCUCCAGAAACGUUCAGGACAACUGUUGCUUAAGGUCCCUCUACAUCGACUUUAAGAAAGACCUCGGCUUUCGGUGGAUUCAUGAACCGAAGGGCUAUGAAGCCAACUUCUGUGCCGGAGCCUGUCCUUAUCUAUGGAGUGCUGAUACACAACAUUCCAGGGUAUUGGGCCUGUAUAACACUAUUAACCCGGAUGCAUCAGCGUCACCCUGCUGCGUGUCCCAGGACCUGGAACCCCUCACCAUCCUCUACUAUAUCGGCAAGACUCCCAAAAUAGAACAACUCUCCAAUAUGAAGGUCAAGUCUUGCAAGUGCAGCUAGAAACUCUUUAGCACAACCCACUCCCACUUUCCUUCAAACAAUGUGCAGCCGCUUCUAUUUCCGCAUACACUGCGGAGUCCAAAGUCAUGCGCACAAGCGAUGCUACCCGAAUAUGCAGAACACCGUUAGCGUGACGUAGUCUAAAGACUUUAACACCAAAGUGUCUACCACACUGGCUCACGGUUGUUUAAAUGCGGCGAAUCUGGGCUUGUGGAUUGAUAUUUUUUUUGAUGAGAAACACGAGUCCGCGUUGCAAUGUGCCGUCGGUUUUUGCGGUGCCCUACUUGGCUCGCCAAGCACACGAGCGCCUGUUGGCUAUCAGAUGUCAACAUCCAGCCCUUUUAGACCCAGUAAACCCUUUUUUUUUUUUUUUUUCUCCUGGAAGAGAAACAUUGCAGUCAUUUUGGUGCUAAGUAAAGGACAUUGAUCCCAUGCAGAUAAACUGAAUAUUUCGUUAUAAAAAUGACAACCAUGAAAUAAUGGACAUGUUUCGAUAUAAACAUGGGCAAUGACGUGUGUGUGUGUGCAGUAUGUGGACCACAACACGGUCAUAUUUGCUUUUAGUGAGUUUGACAGUAUUGGCUACACAUAACAGAUGUGUGUCUCAUUUGAUCCAUACACUUUAGUUUAACAAAACUGCUAUGUUAUUUUAUUAUAUUAUUAUUAUUAUUAUUAUGAGUAAAUUUGCUAGUCAGGCGUGGUCAUGACGGUCGACUUCACCGCACAAAUCAAAUAAAAGCUGUCAAAUAACGACCAUGGCAAAUUGUCAUUAUGAUAAAGUGUUUUUUACAAGUCGAUGCCCUUUUUGUCUUUUGAAGGCCAAGUCAACACGAAUCACCUCACGCACUUGUCACACCAGACAGUUAAGGCAAACACUGGAGGUUUAUGUGAGAAUUAUGAAGGUUCAUUUGUUCCAUUAUUACCAGAGCUUUUUUUUUUUUUUAGACAUUUAAUUUUUUUUGAUCUAAUUAUUAUGCAGAAAUUUUAAUUGAAUACAAAUCUGUAAGCAAAAUGAGUGCAUUUUGAAAUUUAGUUAAUUAAAAUAAUGUUCAAAAAUUCACUUUGAUAAAUUAUAGUGUAUUAAAAUUCAGUGCAAAUAAAUUGGCUGUUUCGAAACUCACAGAUAUGCUGCAAUUAAUUGUGUCUCAGAACCAGCAAAUCAGGUAUGAAGUGCACAGUCAUGUGGCACAAGCAUUACAAAAAUUGGAAAUGCAUCUGUUAAUAUAAAUAAAAUAUAAAUAAAAUAAAUAAAAAUAAAAU